AUGGUUAGCAUGAAUACAACUCAUGCAACGUACAAAAGGAGCAAGACAAAAUCUGUUGGGGAAAGAGAUAAAAAUAGAGCAGAGGGCAGCAGCUUCAACGACACCGACGGCGGCGCCAAGGCGGAGGAGGCAGCGUCGGAGGCGGAGGCACAGGGGAUUUUCAGCGUCAAGAGCAUGCUCUGGCACGGUGGCUCUGCCUGGGAUGCCUGGUUCAGCUGCGCCUCUAAUCAAGUGGCCCAAGUUCUUCUCACCAUGCCCUACUCUUUCUCGCAACUGGGCAUGCUUUCCGGCGUCGUUUUCCAGAUAUUUUACGCGCUAAUGGGCAGCUGGACGACGUAUCUUAUAAGUGUUCUGUAUGUCGAAUAUCGGAGCAGAAAGGAGAAAGAAGGUGUUAGCUUCAAGAAUCAUGUUAUUCAGUGGUUUGAGGUGCUGGACGGGCUGCUCGGCCCGUAUUGGAAAGCUGCGGGCUUGGCCUUUAACUGCACUUUUCUUUUCUUUUGUUCUGUCAUUCAACUCAUUGGGUGUGCUAGGUGA